UGUGUAACCGUGUUCCUGACCCCAUUGAAGCCUAGCCUAUGCAGACACGACACACAAAAAACACACCCUCAAUUCAAACAUGUUCUACUAGGUUGAAAAUUCAUCAAUGUUUAUUGCCUUCUACUCAGAAGAAGAAAACGCGUUCAGGAAGGAGAAGAGAACAUGGGUACUGUUCAAACAAGGCAAAGAAAAGGUAUUUGAGGUUUGAGGGAGGACCCUUUUGCUUCUUCUUUCUGCUAGUGGUGCUUUGGGUGCUCCAUUAUGUCAGCAAAAUCUGACAACAACAGAAUCUUCAUAGAUUGUGGGGAACAAAAGUACCAUAAAUAACCAUAUUGUUGAGAUUGAAGUAGGAAUAUUGAGUGUCUUUUUUUUUUUUGAGCAAGGCAUGUGAUGCAGAGAUUGGCACUGUUAUGUGAUCUGGGUUUUUUGCUGUCACGAGAUUUUGAGGUGUGACACCUGAGGCAUUGGUUUUUUAGUUGAUUCACACGUGACAUGUCGGCAGCGUCACCGUCUCCGGCGGCAUCCACGCUUUCUCCACCGCCACAAACACCACCCUCCUCCACUAGUCCCUCACCAUCCAACGACACCACUCCUCCGCCGCAACAACCUCCUUCUUCCACUUCUCCUCCGCAGCGAACCCCUUCUUCCACUUCUCCGCCACAACCAGCAGAAUCUCCGCCUCCGCUAACCCCAUCUCCGGCGUCUCCGCCGCCGUCACCGCCACCUAGUUCUUCACCUCCCCCCGUGUCUGGAAUAACCCCUCCACCAGUACCUCCGCCGUCACCACCACCAUCUUCGCCGCAGCCAUCUCCUCCUCCUCCGCCUUCUCCGGAUGCACCGGCACCGGUGCCACCGAGCUCUCCACCGCCACCACCACCAUCAGCACCAGUUCCAUCAAGAAGCCCUCCGCCACCGCCACCAUCAUCGAACCCUCCUAAUAGCACAUCUCCACCACCACCACCACAACCAUCACCAUCAGCUCCACCGCCGCCGCGAAAUUCGCCACCACCGCCGGCCACCACGUUGCCACCAGCCUCGCCACCACUAAAUUCACCAUCUCCUCCGGCUGCACCGCCCCCAAGAAACUCAACAAGGUCACCGCCGCCACCUCCGCCACCUGUGCAUUCGCCGUCACCGGGGUCAUCGCCGCCGCCAGCACCUGAACCAUCCAACCCACCUUCUAGGAUUAGUCCUCCUCCCACACCAAGUUCCUCACCAGCUCCCCCUUCAAAUUCUACGCCAAGCUCAUCACCUCCACCACCUGCAGUUACUCAAUUAUCCCCGCCAUCGCCAUCCCCCUCGAAAGUUUCAUCGCCCCCAUCCCCUACUCCGAACCCCACAGCCUCUGGAGGUGGAAUCAGCACUGCUGGUGUAGUGGCUAUUACUGUGGCGGCUGGAUUUCUGCUUCUUGGCUUCAUCGGUGUUCUUAUAUGGUGCAUGAGAAGGCAAAAGAGAAAGAUUCCUGUGAAUGGUGGUUAUGUCAUGCCAUCCACUCUUGCCUCCUCUCCUGAAUCAGAUUCAUCGUUUUUUAAAACACAUUCCUCAGCUCCUCUUGUGCAAAGUGGCUCUGGCAGUGAUGUUGUGUACACGCCAUCUGAUCCUGGUGGACUAGGCCACUCAAGGUCAUGGUUUUCAUAUGAAGAACUGAUUAAGGCCACAAAUGGUUUCUCAAGUCAAAAUCUUUUGGGUGAGGGAGGAUUUGGUUGUGUGUAUAAAGGGCACCUUCCUGAUGGAAGGGAGAUAGCAGUGAAACAACUCAAGAUUGGUGGAGGCCAGGGAGAGAGAGAAUUCAAAGCUGAAGUGGAAAUUAUCAGUCGUAUACAUCACCGCCAUUUGGUUUCUUUAGUUGGAUACUGCAUUGAAGACAACAGAAGACUACUUGUCUAUGACUACGUUCCUAACAAUACCCUUUACUUCCAUCUACAUGGGGAAAACCAGCCUGUGCUAGAAUGGGCAAACCGUGUUAAAAUUGCAGCUGGCGCAGCCCGAGGACUAACUUAUCUCCAUGAAGAUUGCAAUCCUCGGAUCAUUCACAGGGAUAUCAAGUCGUCAAACAUUCUUUUAGAUUUCAAUUAUGAAGCUAAGGUCUCAGAUUUUGGGCUUGCCAAAUUAGCUCUUGAUGCAAAUACACAUAUUACCACGCGUGUCAUGGGAACUUUUGGGUAUGUUGCCCCUGAAUAUGCUUCAAGUGGUAAAUUGACUGAGAAGUCUGAUGUAUAUUCUUUUGGAGUCGUGCUUUUGGAGCUAAUUACCGGCCGGAAGCCGGUAGAUGUAUCCCAACCUCUGGGAGAUGAAAGCCUGGUUGAAUGGGCUCGUCCUUUACUGAGUCAUGCAAUCGAUACUGAGGAAUUCAGUAGUUUGGCAGAUCCAAGGCUAGAAAAGAAUUACAUCGAGAGUGAAUUGUAUUGCAUGAUUGAGGUUGCCGCAGCUUGUGUGCGGCAUUCAGCUUCAAAGAGACCUCGCAUGGGACAGGUUGUUAGAGCUUUUGAUAGCUUAGGAGGUUCUGAUCUAACAAAUGGAAUGCAACUUGGAGAAAGUGAGGUGUUUGACUCUGCACAACAAUCUGAAGAAAUAAGAUUAUUUCGGAGAAUGGCAUUUGGUAGUCAAAAUUAUAGCACAGAUUUCUUUAGCCGUGCUAGUCUGAAUCCAUGAAAGGGCACUGUGUACAUACCGGAAGAGCUUAUUUCAAAGAUCUUGUGAAGCUAAGCCAAGGGGUGGCUCUGGUUGAGUUUUUGUUGCUUGCAGAUAUGGCUAAGGUGCUUGCAUUCUUGCUUUUGAUUCUGAAAUUGACUGCAUCAUUCUUGUGCCUGAAUUUCUUCAUCAUUCUUUUCGUUAGCUGUUUUUUUUUUUGGCAGCAAUUUUGGUUUUGUAAUUAGAAUUUGUAAAGUUACCUUCCACAACACUCACCAUUACAAUGAUUAACAUAUUAGUUGAUUUGUUAUGUAAUCAUAGAAUAGAUGUGUGACUAUCUUUUUUGUGU